AUGGAUAUAGCUAACACAUCGGAUGUUAUUGUUGAUUGUACAUUUGAAUCAAGAUUAUAUAAAGGGACAAGAGACGGAUAUUCAUUCAAUAUCUAUGAUACAACUGGUUUAAAUGAAUCUGAUAAGGGACGCGUUAAGCCAGACCAACCAGUCGGAAAUUUAAUGAAAUUGAUUCGGUAUUUAGAAGAAGGUAUUCAUCUAUUGAUUAUAUGUAUGAGAAAGGGAAUAAUUAAUAAUACUAUUGCAAAUAAUUAUCACCUGUUUUAUGAUGGCAUAUUUGGUCCACAUGUUCAAAUGAUACUGGUUGUAGCGCAUUGUGAAUUGGACGAUCCUAUUGUUUCAUGGAAAACUAAUAAUCAAUCAUUAUUGAAAUCAAAAUUUACAAUGGAAUUUAACGAUAUAAUUUGUGUCACAGCAUUAAAUAAAGGGAAACAUGCUGUUAAAUGGAAAAGUAACAACGAAAUAGCAUCUUCCCGUUGA